ACACGCUAGCUUCUUGUAAAUAUGGAGUUACUGGUGAAAAGAAAUACCCUUUUCAGGGGUUGCCUAGUACUGUUUGGCGGAUUUCUCGUACAUCUUGCUAUUGGGGCUCUUUACACGUUCGGAAAUUUUUCGCCUUAUUUCGUGUCCUAUCUACGUAACCGUACGGCUGACAGUUCCGUUCAGAACGUUGACGCCCUGUGGGUAAACGGCAUUGGUGCCUUCGGGAAUUUAUUUGGCAUGCUCAUCGCGGGAGUUGUUAAUAACAUGGUUGGUCCACGCCUCACAACUUUGCUGGGAACGUUUGUGUACUGCGGAACCGUUGCAGCGAGUUAUUUCAGCGUUAACAGCUCCCUUAUUAUUCUGGUUGUGACGUAUGGCUUUGUGUGUAACCUUGGCAACAAAAUUAUAUACCCAGUACCCGUCAGCUGCGCUAUCAAGUGGUUUCCAACGCGACCAAGCUUAGUUUCCGGAAUAAUUCUUGCCGGGUAUGGUGGCGGGGCAACUAUUUUUAACCAAGUUAUAACGGCAUAUAUAAACCCGGACAACUACUCACCUGAUUUGGUCACGGAAGAUGGGGAAAGGUACUUUACCCAGCCGGAUCUUCUUGAUCGGGUCCCAUUUUGCUUUCUGGUGCUCGCUGGCUCCUACUUUGGUAUGCAGAUUAUUGGGACCCUCCUCAUCUCUGAUCCUCCGUCACAGGAUAUAAAAGAUGUCGACAUCAGCUUUCCUAAAGAAAUAGACAUUCCAGUUAAAGAGAAUGGCCACGGCUUGACUAUCAGCACCGUGGAGCUGAUGGACACGAAAAAAGAUACCAGUGAAUUAAGCAACGGAGCAAAAACAGCACAUGAUGAUUUGAGUAUACCAGCAGUCCUAAAGGUUGCAUUCACGACUCGUUCCUACUAUGUCGUAAUCAUCUCGGUCUUCUUUUUGACCUGCGGAACAACAAUUGUGUUUUCCAUGUACAAGGCAUACGGACAGACGUUUAUUCACGAUGAUCAUUUCCUGGCACUAGUAGGUUCAAUGUCGUCUGUGUUCAACUCUCUGGGCCGGCCGGCAUGGGGUAUAUUCAAUGACAAAUAUGGGUACCGUGUGAGCCUAUGGGGAAUUAGCGGUGGCCUAACGGUCCUGUUUGGAACCCUCCAACUAACAGAGCACAUGUCCAAGGAACUGUACCUUGUGUGGGUCUGUGGCAUAUUUGCUUUCCUUUGUGGAUUAUGGGCCGUUAUUCCCUCCACACUGUCCAGACUCUUUGGUGUAAAGCACUUGGCGGCUACGUACGGUUUUGUUACUCUCGGGCUGGCCUUUUCUUCUCUUCUGGCCAGCAUUCUUGGAACCCGUCUGAAAGAGUCACUUGGAUGGACUGGUAUAUUCUACAUAGCAACAGGAACUUCCGCAUUCACGUUUCUGCUUACCAUCCUCUUCAAUGGUGUUGACUCGAAAAGAGUGCGGAUCUGAACAAAAUUUAACUCUGAACUGCUCCAUAGUGACUUAAAUCUGAGUGUCAUUUUCCUUGUAAAUUAUCAACGAUGACGUGGAAAGGGAUUACUAUUAGUGUUAUACAGCUUAUUUCACGAUCCACAGCAUCAUAUGGUGCUGAUUAGAUUCAGUGCAUUAUGUGGACCAUUUUGUGAUAUUGAAUGAAUACUGUUGAUUUGAUUAAAACAUAUGUUAUUGCAUGAUGAUACAUUUACCCAAUAUUUGAUGAAGAUAACAACAGAGAAACAGAAACAGUGCAAUGUAACAAACCUUACGUUCAUAUAAAAAGGACAUGCAAAGGGAUUUGGUCAGGAAUUUUCCAACAUAAGUUACGGUCCUUUUCUAAACCGCCCAUGAAAAGCAAAAUGGUAACGCUAUUACCUGAACUAUAAACCAAACGUAAUAUUUAAUACAGUUAUGUAGUGCUCAUAUACAUAGGAAUAAGAGGAAUGUGCUCUAUAACUAAUAAAUAGAUCGUGA